AUGAUCAGUUCUACAGAUGAGCCACUUCACGUGCUGGACCUGCCACAACUCUACCAGAAGCCAUCUGGGACCGACCUCGUGAAAGCACUGGCUCUGCUGAGUCUGAAGCCGCGCACAUUCGGUACGACUGCCGAUGUUGUCAAGGGCCCCGCAGUUCAGCCUGCAGGGGUUACUCGGUACCUCACAUCCAUCAUCGCCAGUCCGCUCGCAUGGCUCGACACCGAUGAACUGCGGGAGGCAAUUUGGGAUGCAGCCGCUGCACGAUUAAGUGAGCGGUCUGGUCGAACCGCAAUGCCGGCAAUGUCACGAGUGUUCAACAUCCCCACCUCAUCCGGCGAGGAAUGCACACUGACCCUCCACGAACCAUCAAUCACGGCUGACAACCUCGGUAUGAAGACUUGGGUGUCUUCCUACCUUCUCUCGCGUCGGCUUCACACGCUCGAAUCGCCACCAACGCUUGUCCCCACCGCUUCGGCCGAUUCCUCCGCUUCCAACCCUCGGAAGUCCCUGCGGGUACUCGAACUCGGUGCCGGAACUGGUUUGGUCGGACUAUCCUUUGCAGCUUUGCAAGGCAAGUCUGCCACAGUCCACCUCACCGACUUGCCUGAGAUCGUCCCCAAUCUCGCCCACAACGCUGCCUUGAAUGUGGAACUGCUCGAUAGGACUGGGGCGACUGUGACCACCGGCGUACUUGACUGGUCAGUCACACCGUCACCCCUGCCAACGGCUGAAGAGCGGUUUGAUGUGAUUCUCGCUGCAGAUCCACUGUAUUCACCCAAGCAUCCCAAAUGGCUGGUGGACACCAUCAGUCCUUGGCUUAGCCGCGGGCUCGAUGCGCGGGUCAUGGUGGAGAUGCCGCUGCGGGAUGCAUAUCUGCCGCAGGUGAAGGAGUUCCGGCAGAGAAUGGGUGAUUUGGGGCUGGCAGUGAUCGAAGAGGGCGAGGAAGUGGGCUAUGACGACUGGGAGAGCGCGGAUGGAGGCGCGCUGGCCGUCACUUGCUGGUGGUCGAUUUGGGGAUGGAGCGAGAAGGUAUAA